AUGGCCGAUGAAAACGACGGUGGCGUACUGCAGAACGAGCUGGCAAGUGUACAGCAGGGCUUGGAUAUACAGAACGGACCCGUGUUCUCAGCACGCGUGCUGGAGAAGCCGGACGGGAAACGACUGUUCUUCCUGGUGGCCCAUCAUCUCGUCGUUGAUCUCGUUUCCUGGCGUGUCAUCGUCGAUGACCUGCAGCUGCUCCUCGCCGGAGAGCCCAUCAUCAUCACUGCUCCAACAACAUCCCUCUCAUGGGGCGCCUGGUGCCGCGCUCAGGCGGUCCAACUGUCGGCCGGCGGCGGCGGCGAGACAUUGCUUCGACGACACGAGGCCCAGGUGCUGGAGGCGUUGCGGUUCUGGGGGAUGCAGGACAAUCCCAACGUGUUUGCCGACGUCCAGUCGAGCUCGGUGACGAUGGACAAGGCGUUGACAGACGUGUUCCUCGACGCCGCGAACCGGCCCUUGCGGACGGAGCCGGUCGAGAUACUGGCCACCUCGCUCAUGGGAUCGUUCCUCGACGUCUUUCAACAGCAGCGGCGGCAACGGCAGCAGGAAUUCACCAUCUUUCUCGAAGGCCACGGGCGCGAUCUGUUCCCCGAGCUGGACGUAUCCCAGACGGUGGGAUGGUUCACUACGAUGUUCCCGCUCAGGCUACACGCAGCCGUCGGCGGCUCGUUCACCGAGCGCCCCCGCCGAGUCAAGGACGACCGGCGGAUGAAGUCGCGUGCGGCAAUGCUCGACUGGGCUCAGAUCCUCUUCCGAGAGAACAACAAAAACAACAACAACAGCAGUGGCGGUGGUGGUGGUGGUGGUGGUGGCGGUUGUUUUGCGAUGCCAAUAGAAAUCCUGCUCAACUACGGAGGAAAGGUUACGAGUCUCGACCAGACGACGGGGCCACUCCUGAGCGUCACGGAUCCGACGACCGACUUCUCUCUGGGUGACGUCAGCCCCGACAUGGCGCGCAUGGCCCUCAUUGAGAUAUCUGCCGUGGUCGAGGGGGACCAGCUGCGCCUGUCGAUGCGGCACAACCGCCGCAUGAAUCACCAGGACGGGGUGAGACGCUGGUUCCGGGAAUGGAUCAACACGCUGGAGACGCAGCUACGCGUGCUGGCGGGAGGUCUCGAGGAGAGUAUGACGCUGGCGGACGUGCCUCUGCUAUCACUCGACUGCGACGAUCUCGCCCGGCUCGAACUCGCCGAGCUGCCGGCGCGCGGGCUCUCCGUCGCCGACAUCGAGGACAUGUACCCGUGCUCGGCCUUGCAGCAGGGCAUCUUGAUGAGCCAGGACAAGGGCGUCGGCGACUACAUGACACGGGUGGCGUGGGAGGUGCGUGGAGUCGCUGCUCGGCCGGACGAGGGGGACUUGGAGCGCGCAUGGCUGGCGGUUGUCGACCGGCACGAUUCCCUACGCACCGUCUUCCUCGACAACCCGCCCUACUACACCCAGGCGGUUCUCAAGACGACGAGGAAAAGACCCGAGAUUCGCCAUGUCCGUCUCCAGAGCAACGACGACGACACCAACAACAACGUGUUCACCAAACAGAACCUGCUGGCCUUGGCCCCCUCGGCACUCGACAUGAAGAAAGGCCGGGGCGUCACGCCUCCGCACUGUCUCUUCAUCGUCACGACUUCGGACGACGACGACGUGGACCGCCGCCGUGUAGGCCUCGUGCUCAGCAUCAGCCACGCCGUCGCCGACGAAGACUCGAUAGACGUCCUCGUCCGGGAGCGGGAGCUCGCGUGCGCCGGCAAGCUUCCCCACGGCCCGGGGCCGUCCUACAGGGACUUCAUCGCCCUCCAAAUGCGAGGCAGGGAGGCAUCCGCCGCGCACUGGAGAAGCUACGUCCAGUCCGCGACGCCCUGCCUGUUUCCGGGCCGGUCCGACGGGUCGAACGAUGCCUCGCCGGGGGCGCGGCCGCACGAGACGCCCGUCCCCGCCGUCAUCGACGCCGACCUGGACUUCUCUGCCGCCUUACACGGCUUCUGCCGGGGCAGCGCCGUGACCCUUAGCGACGUGGCGCACGUUGCCUGGGCCGCCGUGCUCCGCGUCUACACCGGCUGUGAGGCCCCGAUGUUCGGCUACCUCUACUCGGGCCGCGGGGCGAACCUGGCCGGUGUCGAGCACGCGGUGGGCGCCUAUGUCGCCAUGCUGGUGAGCCGCGUUCCGCUCGACGACGACCUGCCGCUCGACGAGGCGGCGCAGCGCGCGCACGACGCGUCGAUCCAGGUCCUGCAGCACGCCCACUGCUCGCUGGCCGGCAUCCAGCACGAACUCGGCCUCGGGGCGCUCUUCAACACGGGCAUCUCCCUCCGGCGAAGGAACACGGCUGAGGGUUCCGGGACGACGACGACGACGACGACGACGACUGCCGUCUCCCUGCAACUGAUGGAAUCCCUGGAUGCUACCGAGUACGACAUGGCCAUCACGGUGGCUGUCGACGACGACGACGACGCCGUGUCCAUCUCGCUCGCGUACCGGGCCGAAGCCGUGGCCUGGUUCCAGGCCGACAAGGCCCUCGCCUUGUUUCUCCGCGCCCUGGGAAUCAUCACCCUCGAACCACCCUCGGACGCCCCUGCAGUGCACGCCUGGGACGGCCUGUUGACGUACGCCGAGCUGCGUCGUGUUUGCCACGGCGUCGCCGCGCAGCUGGUGUCCCGCGGGGUCCGGCCCGGCGAUACGGUGCCCGUCUGCUUUGACAAGUCGCUGUGGUAUGUCGUGGCGGUGCUCGGAGUCUUGCUAUCGGGUGCCAAGCUCGUCCCGUUGGAUCCGGCGCUGCCGCAGGCGGCCGUGGAUCACAUCCUACGGUCCGUCUCGGCCGGCGUUGCCAUCACGUCCCCCCGAUACGAGUCCAGAGUACGCUCCGGGCUCACCGACCAAAGCGGCGGCGGCGGCGUCAUCGUUCUCCCGGACAUGCUCCCUGCAGGGAACGACGACGACGACAUGCCACCGUCAACGCGUGGCAUAGACCUCGACGCCACCGCCUAUGUCAUCUUCACCUCCGGCAGCACCGGGUCUCCGAAGGGAGUGGCCUUCGCGUCGAGCGCCUUCGACGUCUCGGUCGACGAGAUCGUCUUGACCCUCACCUCGGGCGGCUGCGUGUGCGUGCCGUCCGACGAGGCGCGCAGCGAUGACCUCGCCAGCGCCAUGGCGGCCAUGAAGGUCAACACGGCCAUGCUGACGCCGUCCGUGGCGCGGCUGUUGCUUCAUCUCGCCCCCGACGCGAUCCCUACGCUCCGACAUGUCAUCCUCGGCGGCGAAAAGGUCGCCCGUCAGGACCUCGCCGCCUGGUCCGGUCGCGUGGCCAGGCUCGACAUCGUCUACGGUCUGACCGAGUGCGCCGUGGCUUCGGUGCUCAUGCCCUUCGUCAAGGGGGCGGAGGCGGCCGGUUGCCUUGGGAGGCCCGUCGGCUGCGCCGUGUGGCUCGUCGAUCCCGCCGACGAGAAUCGGCUGGUGCCCGACGGGUGUACCGGCGAGAGGUUGAUCGAGGGCCCGGUGCUUGCAUCGGGGUACCUGGGAGAUCCCGAAAGGACGGCGUCCGCCUUCAUAUCCGGUCCCGGCUGGGCUACCGAUGAUAGCAGCAGCAGCAGCAGCAGCAGCAGCCGUCGCCGCCGCCGCUUCUUCCGCACCGGCAAUCUGGCCUGGCGAGACGGCGGCGGAGUGCUGCACUUUGAGGGUCGCAGAGAUCACCAGAUGAAGCUCCGCGGACUGCGCUUCGAGGCUGAGGACAUCGAAGGACACAUUGCGCGGAGCUGGCCGCGACCCGGGCGCCGGGCCUUUGUUGACGUUGUAUCGCGUGACGACGGAUCAGGCCGUCUCCGGGAUAUGCUGGUCGCCCUGAUAGACGACGGGGGUUCUCCGACCGGGUCGGACUUGGAAGAGUCGGCUGCGCUGCACACGAGCCCCUUGACAGAAGAGUUUCGACAGGCGGCCAAAGAGACGCGGAGACGGCUGCUCGAGGUGGUUUCCGCCUACAUGGUUCCGACUCUCUUCAUCCCCAUCAACCACAUGCCCAUGUCGGUCUCAGGCAAGACGGAUAGAAAACGGCUGAAGAAACUGUUACAGACGCUCUCGAUGGAUGAACAAAUGCGUGCUCUCCACCUCCUCCCGAAGAAACGGAAUCGCCCCGGACUCGAAUCGCUCAACGAUGGCGUCGGGACGGAGACGAGGACGGACACGGAGACGGAGACGGAGACGAAGACCGAAGGCUGUUUGAAAGCCACGUGGGCUCGUGUGCUUGGCUCCGGCUCCGGCUCCGGCGGCGGCGGCGAGGAGAUUGAUUUGGACUCCCAUUUCUUCCAGAUUGGGGGCGAUUCCAUGACGGCAUUGCGGUUGUCGUCCGCUUUACGCGCCGACGGGUUCCGUCUGCCAGUCUCUGCUAUCUUCAAGACGCCGGUGCUUCGAGAUAUGGCCGAGGCGAUGGCGAGGUGGGAAAGCCCGGCAAAGGCCGAGCCCAUGCCGGAGGAGGAGGAGGAGGAGGAGGACUACGGGUGGUCCGGAACUGCAACUGCAACUGCACCGACAUCUCUGCUUGACUCACGCUUCGAAGACGUCUUCCCGACGACCGAGUUCCAGUCCUGGUGCGUCAACUGCUGUCUCGCCGAUCCGCGGGCCUACAUGACAUACUUCGCCAUGGAUGUCCUGGGCCCGCUUGACCCUGUCCGCCUAAGAGCUGCUAUCCAGAAAACCGUCCUUCACUUGCCCAUUCUCCGGACCGUCUUCCUUUCGAAGAACGGCGAUAUCUUCCAAGCCGUCCUUCGUAGCCAAGAAACCCCGAUCCUUGCCCUUGCGGAACUUGAUCGUCACCCCCAGGCCGAGUUGCAAACCAUGGCGGCUAGGGACCUGGCAGUCGCCGACGCAGCAAAGUCACCGUUUCGACUCGGUACUCCCGUCACGGGGUUCACCCUCAUAUCCGAUCCCCGGUCGGCAGGCGCAUAA